AUGUCUUCAACAGAAACGUCAGACGCCACAAGGCAAAUUCGCGCUUCAGUCCUUCAUGGCGCGAAGGAUCUACGAAUUGAAAACCGCUCACUCUUCCCACCUUCCCCCACAGAGCUCCAAAUCAGCAUCCGCAGCACCGGUCUAUGUGGCUCAGAUCUCCAUUACUACAGGCACUACCGCAAUGGCGAUAUCAUCGUGCGAGAACCAAUGUCGCUGGGUCACGAGUCAGCUGGCGUAGUAGUAGACGUAGGCUCAGAAGUAUCGAAUUUCAAAGUCGGAGACAAGGUCGCACUGGAAGUUGGACAGCCGUGUGAGAACUGCGAUAGGUGCAAAGAAGGGCGGUACAACAUCUGCAAAGGCAUGAAGUUCCGGAGUAGUGCAAAAGCAUUUCCGCACGCCCAGGGCACUUUACAAGACCGUAUCAAUCACCCAGCUGCUUGGUGUCACAAACUACCAGAGGAUAUGUCUCUAGAUCUAGGGGCCCUCCUUGAGCCCCUAAGUGUCGCCAUCCAAGCAUCAAAACGCGCACAAUUAGCACCAGGUUCAACCGUCUUGGUAUUUGGAGCCGGAGCUGUAGGCUUGCUAGUCGCGGCUAUGGCCAAAAUUUCAGGUGCUGGCACAGUGGUGAUAGCAGAUAUCGAUGCCGGGCGAGUACAAUUCGCAGUCGAAAACAAGUUUGCGCACCGCAGCUUCACAGUGCCUAUGAAGCGUGGAAGCACAAUAGAAGAGCAACUGGACAUCGCCAAGGAGGUAGCUGCCGAGGUCGGAAAGCUAUCAAAGGAAAGUGGUGGUGAAGUUGGCGAGGUGGAUGCCGUAUUCGAGUGCACCGGUGUGCCGUCCUGUGUACAAGCAUCGAUAUACGCAACACGACCAGGUGGCAAAGUUCUGCUAAUUGGUAUGGGUACACCCAUCCAGACGCUUCCCAUUUCCGCAGCUGCCCUCCGCGAGGUUGACAUCGUUGGUGUAUUCAGAUAUGCGAAUACAUACCCGACUGGUAUCGAAGUCGUAUCAAAGCAGGGCGAUGACUACCCUGCCUUUGCCAAGUUGGUAACACAUACCUACAAGGGCUUGGAGUCGGCCGUCGAAGCGUUUGAGAUGGCAGGAAAGACAAAGGACGAUAAUGGAAAGCUAGUCAUCAAAGUUGUGCUUGAGACUGGCGAGGAAGACAAGGCUAAUCUUUGA